CUACCCUACAAUGACAGUUAUAUAUCUCAAAAAAUGAAUGGAAGAAAAAAAAACUGUCACGAAAUAUAAAAUUUCGCGUUUUUGGCGGAAAAAGACGGAAUUUUUCGGAAAACACUUUUCGUGACAGUUAUUAACUGUCAUAGAAUGUUAGGGUUAAAUUUUUUUUCUUUUUUCCUUUUCUUUUCUUUUUCCUUUUUCUUUCUUUUCCCUAUUUCCUUCUUCCUCCCCGUGCGUCCUUCCCCUUCUCCCCAACCGCAACCGCCGCGCCUCUUCUCCUUCCUCUCGUACGCCGCGACAACUCCACCGUCUCCUUCUCCUUUCCUUCUCUUUUCUCUUUUCCUUCCGCCGUUCCCUUCCGUCUUUCUUUCCGUCGCAGCCCAGCCGCCCCAUCCUUCCCCUUCUCUCUGUUCGCGAAGCAAAACCGCCACCGCUCCGCUGGAAAUCAAGGCCAAAGGAGAUGUCAUGGCUAUGAGCUGAAGCUUUGAGAAAAAAAGAAUGAAAAAUGAAAUUAUUUCUGAAGGUGAUAUUCUCAAAUGGCAAAGAAGAGGAAGCAUAGUGAGUCUUUGCCGACGGUAUCAGUUAAGAAGGACGAUGAUGCUCCGGAGAGACCUAAGCGGACACUCAUGGGCUGGAAAGACAAAAAAGUGACAAAAGAGAGUGAAGUUGGUUCUGAUCAUGCUGUUUUUCGAAAUAAAGAAAAGGUUCUCAUCACGUGUUCCCGUCGAAUCAAUUUUAGGUAUUGGCAUUUGAUGUUGAAUAUGGUAUCACUUUUGCCACAUUGUAAGAAGGAUAACAAGGUGGAGUUGAGGUCCAACAAGGGUGCAACACUGAAUGAGCUGGUUGAGCUCAAAGGUUGUUCUUCCAGCCUAUUUUUUGAGUGCAGAAAACAUAAAGAUCUUUAUCUAUGUAUGGCAAAGUGCCCUAGUGGGCCAUCUGUGAAGUUUUUAGUUAAUGCCAUUUGUUUUCUCUAUUGUUGAUGACCAUAUCUGGUUCUGGAAUUACCAGGUAUGCUUUAUUUAUUUCCUACUUGCUACAGAAUUUAAUACUAACCAUGAUCAUGCUUUAUUUAUAACCAUCACUCCGUUAGCAACACCACUUGAGGAACAAUGCGUGUUUUUAGUGAAGUACGUUAAGGUAUAUAUAGAUAAAUGUCAGAAGUGUCGUUCUUAAGAUAUGAGGCAUACAAUCGUCAUUAGGAAAGGAAUUUGGCAUGGCAAAAAAUUAAUUGAUUUGAAGAGUUUGAGAUUAAGCAGAUUUUGGGGAAUAGUUUUUAGGAGUCCUAGUUGGGGAUCUUGCUAUUUUUCUUUCUUAUGUCAAUGAUUUCAUUGUUUUUCUAGUUCACUGUAUACAUUUCCAUAUAAUUGAUUGUUAUCCUUUAAACUUACAUGUUCAAUUUUCCAUCAACUGUUGGUAUGAGAACCCACUUUAUGUAUCGCCAAACCAGGUUAGAUUGAUUGUCCAACUUUUUGAUCAUUUGGGAUUACACUUCUUCACACUAUUAUUUAAUGAUCGUUUGCCUAAUGUAGUCCUCACGUGCUUCUUUUCAUUUCAUGGAAUCAAGUGUUGAAGUUCUUGUUUGUGUUCUGUAUUUUGUUGAGACAUUGAUUUAGUUACUCAUUGACUGUACGUAUGUGUUAUGGAUACUUAUAUUCAUGUUGUCUUUGUAGGUUCAACUGGAGUCGACAACUUCAUGAGUUUUCUUUCAAAGAACAUUUCCAGAGACGAACAUUCUCGGUUGGUCGUUUAUGCUUCUGCAGAAAAUCUUGUUAGAUGUAUUCUAAUGCUAUUUAAAAUAUUUUUUGAUUAAGGGCUAGUAUUUCGUACAUGUGGAUUAUUGAAACUUGUAUUAAGAUGUACAAAUAUUAUAAAUCGUAUUAUAGUGUAUAUAUAUUAAAGUGUUGGCUAUUUUUUUGUA